AUGGAAACUGCCUAUUAUGAAGAUGAGAUACCCAUCUGGCAAGAGCCGCGAUGCGAGCCUUUAGGAGCCCCGAAAGAAAACCUCUGUGAUGAAGAACCCCCCGACCAGAAUUCUGGUGAUCGCAUACAUGCCCUAGAAGAGGAGCAGGAAAUUCUGUCAUCAUCUGUCUUCUCAUUAUCGUCACAUCUUGCACAAGUUGAAUUUCGUUUACGACAAAUAUUGAAAGCUCCUCCAGAAGAGAAAGAUGCAAUGCUUCAAGCUCUCGAAGAGUUCACCUCCCGAGCAGUCGAUUCAAGGGCAGCGCCUCAAGGUCGUGAAGGUGAAGUUGCGUGUGUUGAAUGUGUCGAACUGGAAAGAAAAAUACAUACUCAAAGGGCCAAACAAGCAAGAUUCAUUGAACGACUAAAACUCCAGUUAAAGGAAUUAGAACUAUUUGCAGCUGAUUCUUCCAAGCAUGACGAUAUAAAACAUAGAUCACUAAUAGAACAUCUACAAAAAGAAAUCGAUCGGAGUCUAGAAGAAGGCUGUCACCAGCCUCUGACGUCCGAUGAGUUAAGACAUCAAAUUGACUGUGCUGUCCGACAAUAUGCUGAUAAACAACUCUCUAAAGAUGAAAUUAUUAGUAAACUACAGACUCACAUAGAUGAUAUGCAAAAGUUUAUAAAACUAAUGAAAAAUGAUGACCUAAACAGACCACAAACCAGCAAAUCAGAACCAAAAAAGCUUGGUAAACACAGUGCAUUUGAUAAAAACUUUAGUAAAAAUAAAGUAAAUGAUGAACUUAAAGCCGAGACAAUUAAUUUAAUGAGAAAAGCGUCUACAUUGAUACAAAUAUUUACUGUAUCUCAAUUUGGAUGUUCACCAAAUCCCAAUAAAAGAUAUGAUAGGAAAACAACUUUAGUCACACAUUGGGGCAACUUGAGAGCUAAGUUGGAAAUGUCAAUAGACGCAGUUCUCCACAUGGUAUCUAGAGAAAGAUUAUCCCACUCUUUAAUUGAUAGCUACGAUAGUGAAUCUGAAGAAGGUGCUAUAGUUAUAAAUGAUGCUCCAUUAACAACUGCAGUGAGGCGGCACCUGGCUGUUAAUCUGAGAGACCUCCUGCAGCAUGGGCUAAUUGGUCAAGAAACUACAUCUCUGGUGCCUAUUAUAGGUUGCUUUCCUGUAAGAAGGUCAUCUACAUCACAAAACUUACAUAUAUGGGAAGUCAUUCUAAGGUACUAUGAUUUAAAUGAUGGUGAUAGAUUUAACUCUACCCCAGCUAGAAAAUUAAGUCAAAGCUUUAAUUUAGAUAUAGUUGGAGGUACAGCGAUCACAAAUAGGCAGAGUUUACUAAGUGCCAUAGGCAGUAUAUUGGCAUCGCACACUCCAUACAAAAGGAGUUAUGAUGCUCAUUUUAAAGCUUUUGUUUGUGCAGCUCUCAAUGCACAUAAGCUUGUUAUAUGGUUGAACAUUAUGCUAAAAUGUAGGUCACUAAUUGAUUCUUACUACUCGUCAACUAGUUAUGUUGUUAAUACUGGUUUCCAAGAUGCCUUACAAAGCCUUGACCGAUUAACUCCAUAUAACUUUGACCUGCCCGUUGAUCUUGCAGUAAAACAAUUUCAAAAUAUUAAAGAUGUAUUUAUGUAA